UAAAUAUUAACCAGGAAGCAAGCAUAGUUAAUGGUUCUGAAACAUUACAUUCCCACCGUUUUGUUUGCUUCGUUCAGUUAUUAACUUAAAGCACUUAAUUAAAAAUACGUGAAUAUGCGUCUGCUAACUUUUUGUGGUGGCAAUUAGUAAAUAUUUAGUAGCAUUUAGCCUCUGUCAUUUUCCACUUCCGGUUGUAUAUAACCAUUUAUGGGACGAUGUGAAAAGUGAACUAUUUGUCGUUUUUUGGAGGUGAUUUGACUAUAUUGCAUCGCAAUGAGCGAAAUAUUUACGGUUGUGACGGUUAUUUUGUCGCCUGAACUUGUAGAUUCUAUACCACACACGAGAUUGCAAAAAAAGUUACGAACCCUUAGACUGGUUACUGGGGUCCAAUUUUCGAAGACCCAUGCAUUGCACGGUAAAUGGUAUCAAGUGGAUGCAGCGUUCGAAAUUCUCAACCAUUGGUCAAAAUAUCCGGAUCAUGAACCUGCUCUAUAUGACUCUAGCUCUUGUAAUGAAAAAAUAAACCUAUGCGAGUGUCAGCACAUAAAAGAAUUGGUGGGGGAAAUUUCUAAAAAACUUGCGAGUGAAAAAUCAAGUGGAGCUAAUAGUUUAAUACAGCAUGACAGUGUAGGUAUAAGUAUCAAUACGUUCCCUGUCAAAAAGGAUAUUGACAAUCUUAAAAAAGAGCUUGAACUGUCAAGUGUUUACAAUGGCAGGAAUACAGAAGAUUGUAAUUUUACAGACAAGAAGACAACUGCUGGAAUUAGCAACAAUUCAUAUAUCAAGAUAAAAAAUAAAAGGCCUGAUAUACAUGCUACUUAUGUCUAUUCUAAUGUUGAACCUGUGCAAAAUAACCUGGAUAAUUUGGAACAAGAAACAGAUAAUCAUAGUUCUUUUACUGAAGCGAUUGCAAUCAACACAGCAUCAUUGAUUUGUGGAGGCACUGAUACUAAUUGUGAGGUAACAAAAAAUAAAUGUUCUAAAGCUAAACAUGUAAAGGCUAAACGCAAACCUGGCGAGGAUGGGUAUUGGACUAGAGUGAAGAGAGAAGACAAUCACUUGGAACAUAUUUGUUCACAGUGCGGAGUUGUUCUCAUAUCUAGAAAGAGGUAUCGGGAGCAUGUGAGAAGACUGCAUCUUAAGGAGUAUAAAUGUGAUGUUUGUCUCAAGGGAUUUGGCUAUCCAUCUGAUCUGAAACACCACAAAUGUACAAAAAGUACAGUAAAAAGCAAGGAAUCUAAAGUCACUCAACUGAAACCAUGUAAACAGCCCAAACUGUCCUGUACAUUGUGCAAGUAUACAACUUCUUCAAUAGAAAGGUUGAGCAAACAUUUUCAAGUUAAACAUUCUACCGUACAUAAUUUUGAGGAAUCUAAUUUAUUGUUUAAAGAAGCUAAAGGUUUAGAUCAGCAACUGGAAAAUGUGCAUCAUUUAAAUUCAAUAUAUGUGUGUGACCAGUGUUCAAAAUGCUACAAAUCCAAAGUGAACUUUGAACUGCACAUGAAGACGCAUGAAAAAAAUUAUGAAAAACCACAUUUUUAUUGCACUGUCUGUGGCAAAGCGUUUACUACAAAAUAUGUAUUGACUAUGCACAAUAAAUCUCAACACCUCGGAAUCAAGCAAACAUACUUGUGCCCAAUAUGUGGAAAAAAAUUCUCUAACAGGAAUUCUUUCAAACAGCACGCAAAUGUCCACUCUGGAAUAAAACCAUAUAAAUGUGAUGUUUGUGAAAAGGCUUUUACUUACCACAAAUCAUUGAGAGAGCAUAAAUUUAUGCAUGACAACAUUCGCAGAUUCAAAUGCAAUACAUGUGGAAAGACUUUUCGACAAAGAACAACUCUUCACAUUCACAAAAGGACACAUAAACUUGUGAAAGACCAUGUUUGUCACUGUGGCAAAGAAUUUUCUCAAAAACAGGCAUUGGAACGUCAUGAAAGGAUUCACAGUGGUGUGAAGCCAUUUAAAUGUGUACAUUGUGGAAAAGCGUUCAGUGAUUCCACUACAAUCAGAAGGCACAUGAUUGCUAUCCACCUUGAAUCAGAAUCUAAUUGGCAAGAUAAUAUUAUUUGCACUGUACAGAAAAAGUCUGAUUAUUAUAUUAUUGGUGGAACUGGCCAAAACAGAAAAUAUUCAAAGUCCAAGAAACUAGGCACUAAUUCUGCAUUGGACCAGGAUAUGGUAAAAGCUUUUGCAUCUCACAAUGGGUCAUUGAGUAUUUGCAAUAACACACCUUUACAACCAGUCAAAAUGGAAUCUUUGUACACUAAUACUAGGCCUAGAGAAAAUCUUGUUCAAGCUACAGGUACGCAAAUGUACGCACUGCCAGGAGGUCAGGCUAUACAGUUCAAGGCAGGUGCUGUUAUAAACAUCAAUGGCAUAACAACUUAUCAAGGCACCAACCUUCCACUGUUGAACUCCAGCCUAACACCAUUACCUGUAGAUUUGCCACAUAAUGUGAAUAUUCUUGAUAACCAAAAACAAUUAUCAUGCGUUUCUAGCCAGUCUUCCUCAAUUGUGGCAAUACCAGAACCCUGUGAUGGUGCAAAGAGCAACAGUUGUGUAUUAGUCCAAUCGUCCCAGCAGAUGUAUCAAUCAUCUACAGACAGGACUCUCCCAGUUUUAUCGUUUAAUGCAGCAGGCCAAACUCAAAGUGUGCAGCAUCUUGUUAUUUGUUCGGAAGAAAACAGUACAAACCUGACUGGAAUAGUGGGCUUCUUUCAAUACCCGUUACACUCCUCUGCUAAUAAUGACACUGCAUCAUCAUCAACAAGUUUAAUAUGAACUUGGAAUUGCUAACAAAUAGUGAUAUUUUGCAUUCUCAAACAAUUACUAGUCAACUUGUGCUCAGAUGUGCUGUCUGUAAGUCUUAAAGAUGUGUAUUGUAACUCAUAUACAAGUUCAUGUAAUACUAUGUUGUAUGUAAAUUAUGGAUAUAUUUUUUUGGACAUAGAUAAAUGCAUGAAACGUUACAAAUACUGCUUGUUAAGGUCUUCAGAGCAAGCAGCUUAUGGUGAGCUUCUGUGGUCAGUCUAUGUCCUGCCUCAUGGAAUGUGAAGUUUGCGCUUCUGUAGUAUGUCUAUGUCCUGCCUCAUGCUGUGUCAACUUUGAGCUUCUGUGGUCAGUAUAUGCCCUGCCUCAUGCUGUGUCAACUUUGAGCUUCUGUUGUCAGUCUAUGCCCUGCCUCAUGCGGUGUCAACUUUGAGCUUCUGUGGUCAGUCUAUGCCCUGCCUCAUGUGGUGUCAACUUUCAGCUUCUGUGGUCAGUCUAUGCCCUGCCUCAUGCGGUGUCAACUUUGAGCUUCUGUGGUCAGUAUAUGCCCUGCCUCAUGCUGUGUCAACUUUGAGCUUCUGUUGUCAGUCUAUGCCCUGCCUCAUGCGGUGUCAACUUUCAGCUUCUGUGGUCAGUCUAUGCCCUGCCUCAUGUGGUGUCAACUUUCAGCUUCUGUGGUCAGUCUAUGCCCUGCCUCAUGCGGUGUCAACUUUGAGUCUUUCUACUUUUUGGGCCAAUUUUAUGAUUCAAUGGUGAUGAAACUUUGUCAGAAUAUUUAUAUUGACAACUUAGCUUGAAUCUCUGUCACAUGCAUCCAAAUACUUUUUCACCAAUCCAGGUCAAUCUUUCAAAACGUGUUACCACUCUAGAAGCCAAAUGUAUUACUAUAUCUUAAUAAACUUGAUCCGAAUGGUUAUUUGGCAAUAUCUAGGCAAAGUUCAAAUCUGGAUCACGUAAAUCCAAUGACAAGGUCAACAGGUCGUUUCUUAUAAGAAAAAAAUCAAAUAACAUAUAAAACCACCCAGUUUAAACUCAAUCGUUAUAAAACAUAAACACAUUAUUAUUAUGACAUAACUAUCCCACCAGGUGAAGUCUUAAACUGUUGGUAAAAUCUAACUCAGGUGAGCGCUUUUGGAGCAUCAUGGCCCUCUCGUUCAAUCGUUGUUAUACAGGUAGUUAGUUUUUAGCUCACCUGAGCACAUUGUGCUGAUGGUGAGCUUUUGUGAUCGCCUUUUGUCCGUCGUGCGGCAUCAACAUUUGCCUUGUUAACACUCUAGAGGCCACAUUUACUGUCCAAUCUUCAUGAAAUUUGGUCAGAAGAAGAUUGGUCUCAAUAAUAUCUUGGAUGAGUUCGAAAAUGGUUACGUUUGCUUGAAAAACAUGGCUGCCAAGGGACGGGGCAUUUUUCCUAAUAUGGCUAUAGUAAAAUCUUGUUAACACUCUAGAGGCCACAUUUAUUGUCCGAUCUUCAUGAAACCUGGUCAGAAGAUUCAUCACAAUAAUAUCUUGGACAAGUUAAAAAAUGAUGCCAGUUGGUUGAAAAACAUGGCCGCCAGGGGCGGGGCAUUUUUCCUUAUAUGGCUGUAAUAAAACCUUGUUAACACUCUAGAGGCCACAUUUAUUUUCCGAUCUUCAUGAAACUUGGUCAGAAGAUUUGCCCCAACGAUAUAUUGGACAAGUUCGAAAAUGCUUCCAGUUGCUUGAAAAUAUGGUCACCAGGGGGCUGGGCAUUUUUCCUUAUAUGGCUUCAUGAAUCUUCAUGAAACUUUGUCAGAAUAAUUGUUUAAAUGAUACAUUGGAUGUGCAUGAAAAUGGUCCUGGUCUGUAGACAAACGUGGCUGCCAGGAUGUUCACUAGUCAUAAAAGUUGUUAAGAACAUUUUGUUCUUAUGACAUCUUGGGCUUCACAGAACAGGUCACUUCCUUUGAAUCUCAGGUGAGCGACUUUGGGCCUUUUAGGCCCUCCUGUUUGUUAGUGCAAUACUAUUUUAUAAUGCCCCGUGCGUAUAAAGGCUAUAUUGUUGAACACACUCAAUAAUAUGUGGGCGUUUGAUUUAGUUCGUUGUUUGAUAUUGUAUUUUUCGCAUAAAGUAAGCUAGAUUUAGAUGCGUUUAAUGAAUUGUUGUGUCAUAGAUUCCAAAACUAUGUACCACAGAGAUCCAUAUUUUUGGUGAUGAUACAUUUUUAUGAACAAACGGUUUUAAACGUUAACUUAGCACAGCAUUUUCAUCUGUUAAUUUUUUUUUGUUUUUCCGUUGAAAAAGCACAGCAUUUUCAUCUGUUAAUUUUUUUUGUUUUUCCGUUGAAAAAUAUAUUAUUUUGUAUGUAUUUGAUGUUUCAAAUUACAAUGUACUUAGGAAAUGUCCGCAUAUUUUCGAUAUCUUCUCCAACAAAAGGAAGAUAUGUACUUAUAUAUAUAUAUAUAUAUUAUAUGAUGAUCAUGAUUACUACGGUAAGCCUGGAAUAUUAGCAAUAAAGGUUUUUAUCAGUA